UUUCCCUCUGAUGAAGCGCCGCGGUGCUGUUAAAGUAAUUAUCGUCCUUAAGGUCUCUGAGCUGAACUGCUGAAUGGGCUCCCAGGUGCAAGCAGCGGCCCAGUGCCGUGACCCAGGCCCCGUCUUCGGCAAAAUCGCGCCUGAGAUUAUUGAGGAUACGCUGAUCCGUUUGGCCACGGAAAACGAACAGUACCUGAGCGAGCUGCCGGGUCAGGCUGGAUGCUUCAAAGAGACACGGAUAGUGGAAUUUAUAUUCCUUUUGUCUGAAAAAUGGCACUUGGACCAAUCGGCAAGGUACCAAGCAGUAGAGUUACUCGAAAGGUUUAUGAUCAAGCAAGUAGAACAAAUCUGUAAGUCCUCCAGAGAGAAUGUUAAAAGUCGUGAACAAGGACAAGGCAGCAGCUGGAGCUCUCUGAAACAUCAGAUAUACGACACGUUUGUCCUGAGACUUGUGUCGUGCAUUCAGCUUGCAAGCAAACUUUCCUUACACUAUAAUAUAGUUAACAGUGACACAGCUUUAAAAUUUCUACAGUCCUUAAAAUACUCAUACACUAAACAGGAAUUGCUUGAGUCAGAGCUUGCUGUUUUAAAAACUCUGCACUUCCAGAUCAACGUGUCAACUCCUUUGGUUUAUGUGGAAUUGCUUCUAGAGGUUUUAGGACAUAACGGCUGCUUGCUUCCUGCAAAACCAUUACAUCAGAUGUGUACGCAACUAUUAGACUUCUCCUAUCUUACAAGAGAUACCAUCUACGACACUUUGCUGAAGAUUGCCAUUGAAAAUUCGACACCAAGCAAACUGCAGGUAGUGAAGUUUUUGACAGUAAAGGAAGACUUCAUGCUCCUGGCUGUUGGAAUCAUCAGCACAAGCGUGUUCGUACUAAACCCUGGGCAAUGGAAGCAGGUUGUGGAGCAUUUAAACUGUAUCACUGGCAUUACUUCACAAAGUAUCUUAGAGUUUUCUUACGCAGUACUGAAACACAUCGUUGGCAGUUCCACUGCAAAGCAGCACUCCAGGAACAGUGGAACAAAACCUCUAGAGAAGAGAAUUAUGCCUCUUAAGUAGAACUAUCUUCUACAGCCAGUCGCUAGCGUAUCAUCGGUAGCAAACUGCUACGCUGCUGAUAAUAGUCCAUCUUGUGCGAUGCUGCAGAGGGCACCCAACGCGAUUUGGCUUUACUUUUGGUUUUGAACACCAGGUGUUCUGUAACGUUUUGUGUAUUACAUGUUAAUUAGAAAGCUCAUCCUUUCAGGCAACACACCACUGCUGCCAAGGGAGGCACACAGGAGCAAAGUAGCAUUUAGAAAUGCCUCUUUUGGCACCGAAAGCUUUAUUGUAAGAGCUACACCUUCUAAGUUAUGAAUAUAAGUUUCCUUUGAAUAAAGAGAAAACUCUAAGAGAGUCAUGUUUUGAAAAGGCAUUAACGUGCAGGGUAUGCUGCAUGGCAAUGGGCAUUGCCAGAAGCAUCUCGCGCGCCCACUCAUUACAAACAGGGCUGUACUUUCUUUCUCCAUUUGCUGUGUUUAAAAAAAUUGAUUAGUCUCAGGCAGCCUGCUGCAGCCAGGUUGCUUGUUACCACAUUCCCUCUUUGCUCGUACCCCCAGCAAGCCGGCUAGCUGACCAGUGUUGUGAAAAGCACAGAAUCCCACUGGCUUUGAAAGCGAUGGGAUCGUCGCGA